AUGGCUAGUUCAACCGAGCCAUCACAUAGUCAUGAUGCUCGCACAUAUUAUAACACUUCACAGGAGCAUGGUUUAGAUCAACGCAAUGAAAGUAAAAUUUUACAUAUGCGUAAUUUUAAUAAUUGGAUCAAAAGCACAUUAAUCAAUGGAUAUUUACAACGUAUUAGAAACGAACAACCUGACCGAAGCAAUAAAAUUCAUGUAUUUGACAUGGGUUGUGGUAAAGGCGGAGAUCAACUUAAAUGGCAAGUUGGCCGUGUUAAUUUCGUUACUUUUGCUGAUAUUGCUGAAAAUUCAGUUGAAGUAUGCAAGCAACGUUAUUAUGAGCGACAGAAAAAAUGCAACUAUAAUGCGGACUUCUUUCCACUUGAUUGUACAAAAGAACUUAUUCGAGAUAAAAUAAAAACUACUGAACCAUGUUUUGAUCUAGUCAGUACACAAUUUGUUCUUCAUUAUGCAUUCGAUAAAUUCGAAUCAGCUAAUCGAUUUUUACGUAAUGCUGCUGAAUUUUUACGUGUCGGUGGCUAUUUUAUUGGUACUACCCUGAAUUCCUGCGAAUUAGUUGAACGUUGUCGUAAUUCUCCUAAUCAGAGUAUUUCUAACGAUGUAUUUAGUGUUACUUUCGAUUCUUCUAUCGAUAUGAGUAAAACAAGCAACGAAUCAAUUCCACUAUUUGGUGCAAAAUAUCAUUUUAGUCUUGAUAAUGUUGUUGAUUGUCCUGAAUAUCUAGUCUAUUUUCCUUUACUUGAAGAAUUGGCAAAAAAACAUGGUCUGAAAACAGUUGAUCGACAAACAUUUAAACAAUAUUUCGAUAACAAUAAGGAUACUACUGAUGGUCAUUUUCUAUUAUCGAAAAUGAACGCUUUAGAGUAUUAUGAACUUCCUUCAAACAAUCCAAAUUAUCAACGAGGACCAAUAAUUGAUCAUACUCGAUAUAUACAUGCUGCACAAUAUAUUAAUGAUAUUAACACUCAAAAUCGAAAUUCUAUAAGAUGUUGUAGAACUUUAUCCAAACAAGAAUGGGAUAUGACAAUUCAACAAUCAUGUUCAAAAUCCUCUAUGGCUCGUCCAACACGUCUUAUAAAUACUACACGUCGAACUAUUCGUCGAAAGACCACAUAUUUAUCUCUACCAUCUAUUAUGAAUCGUAAUAUCAAAGGUGGUCAAGUAUUAGCUGUUGGUGAAAAUGGUAUGACACAAUUAGGUUUAAAAAGUUCUAUUGAUCAACGAAAAAAUCCGCAGCCUGUACCUAUUUCUGAACCUAUUGUACAAGUUGCUGCUGGUCCUUUACAUUCGGUUUGUUUAACAGAUCAAAAUAAUAUUUAUACAUUUGGUUGUAAUGAUGAAUGUGCAUUGGGUCGUCCUGAUAAUAAUGAUGAUGAUAAUAAUAAUGAUGGUGAUCCAUUUGGAGAAGUUGAUCUAAGUUCAGUAAUGAAUAUAGAUGAAGAAAAUAUUGUACAAAUCGUUGCUGGUGAUAGUCAUACAUUAGUUUUAUCAAAUAUGGGUAAGGUUUAUGGUAGGUUUUAUCAAUUGUUUUGA